GCCAGAGCUAAAAUUAACAGCAAGUUUUGACAUUGGCAGUCAGGCUAGUUGGCAGGAGUCUGUAUAAAAGCAGUGUAGAAUACUCUCAGAGCACAAAAGACGAUUUAGUCUUCAGAAGCUUAUCCAAUAUUACCUGACCAUCGAGGGUUGCUAGAAAGGAGCCGGCUAAUUUGCUUUUUGAGAUUUAAAGUCUAUCUGCCUUCCAUGAGUGUAAAAUCCUCAACUGCUUUCAGAUCUGAGCGUUGCUUUCACCAGAACACCACUUCCUCCUCCUCAUCUUCAGGUCCGAGCUUGGAUCAGUGCAUGGAUAAAACGAGGGGUCUCUUUGGGGACGAGUUUGAGAAGUCCUCAAUCCUCCAUGGGAGCUUCUUAAGGCCACGAAACGAGCAACUGGGAUUUUCAGGCCGCCCAGGAAACAAGGGGAACGUAAAGACCAUGGGAGACAAUUACCAGUUUACAGUAGAUGUGAGCGACUUCUCACCUGAAGAUAUUAUUGUUACCACCUCCAAUAAUCAGAUUGAAGUUCAUGCUGAGAAGCUUGCUGCAGAUGGAACCGUAAUGAACACUUUCACACACAAAUGUCAGCUCCCAGAUGAUGUGGAUCCCACCUCCGUGACCUCCGCCUUGGGUGAUGAUGGGACGCUGACCAUCAAAGCGAAGAGGCACCCGGCCAAGCACACUGAGCAUGUGCAACAGACUUUCAGAACUGAGAUUAAAAUCUGAGCAGGCAAGGGAUGAGAGCUACUUUAUGGUAAUGCAGGGUGGUGUUUGAUCAUGCCAUUAGUAGUGUUUCAGUCACGCAGAAUGCAGCAUGUGCUGGUGUUUCACACCUCACCCUACCAAUGUACCAUUGUAAAAUAUCAUCUCAACUCUUGUAAGCAUGGAAACAUUGAGCAAAGCCUGUGCAAUAAGAUAUUUGACACUUUCUAUCACAGUAUUUAGUAAUUCCAUUUAUAUUAUGUAUCCAUCACUAAUCUACGACUCACAAUACAGUGGCAGACUUGUUUGAAUGUUUUUCUGUUCCAAAAUGACUGCUAGGUUCAUGAAAUGGAGACGAUAAUGGUGAUAAUCCAAUGCUGAGUGUGUGAAUGGUCUUGUACUGUAAGGGAAAAUAUAUCAGCAACAUUGGUAGAAGAUCUUAUCAGUUGACCCCUCCUAGCUAAACUUUCCUGUAUAUGUGUUUUGUACAUAGAUUUGCACCAUUAUGCUGUACUUUGUUAUUUGACAAGAGAUUAAUUUCUGUGACUUAGAUGAGUGUAAAGGAGAGUGUAUGUUGCUCUUAGUAUUACAAGAGGAAUGGUUACUGAUCACAAGAAUGUAAGACCUUUCAGGAAUAGGAAAAGACCAUUACCUCCAACAGCCCUGUCCCUUUUUCAUAGAUGAAAAUACGAAUUAUAUAAUAUGGCCAAAAUGCCUGAAUCUCCACUUAAAUCAUGAUGCUGCCAUUUUCCCACACAGUUGCAGUUCUCCCUCUGGUGUAACUGCAGGGUGCUCAUCUGUUGUAGCCCAGAAACCUUCAGUAAAAUAAUUUAAUCAUCAAACCAAAAUGUAAACCUGGCAGGGUGCUAGCUCUGUGGUGAUGGUGGUGAGGACAGGAGCAGGGGUGAGAUGGAAUGCCUUCAGCUGAGCUCAUGGCAACUGAGCCUGAGCUCUCCCUUUAAUCAUUAAUGUCAAUGUGCCCAGAUAUGCCUAGACAUUCUGAGUUCAUAUUGGUGAUCCUCUACUAUAAAAACAUUUCACAUAAGCAAGUAAAAACAGCUUUUGUUUAUCUCUGACAAUGCCAAUUGAUUCCCAUCUCUAUUUUAUAUAUAUAUAUAUAUAUAUAUAUACACACACAAUCAACUGAUAAAAUAAAAGUUGUAGAUGAGAGAAAAAAAACCACCAUGAAUGCUCAUUCUAUCAAUAUGCUGGCCUUGACUCUUGGUCAGAUGGCCAUGGAUUCAAAACCCACUCCUCAGACUUAGUGUAAAUACAGCCGGGGCCCUUCCUGUCCUUUCUUGUAGACUUAAGAAGUCCUAGGAAACUACCUGAAGGCGAGUAGGCUCUCCUGAUGCUGUAGCCUACAUCGUAUCCUCAAUCACCACCAAAGCAGAUGAUCCAGUCAUUUAUCUCAGACUGGAUUUUAUGCCCUCGCUGGGUGUGUUUUUGGCAGGGGGAGCAUGUGAAAUAUGUCGAGUACUUAGCACACUGCCUUCCCACCCAUCCCUGACCAGGUCCCCAUAAUGCGGGGGCGGGGCUGAGAGUGGGUAAGAUGCCCACUAGCCCACCCACCCACCCUUAGGCCUAUUGAGGAGCUUAAGCGACCAAUUAUUGCCCUCUUAAGGCCGUCAAUCCCCCUCCCCCGCUCUAAUAUGCUGGGCAGUAGAAAGCAGAUGAGAGUGAGAAGGCUGGUUUUCAAACAAAUUUGGUGAAAAGGUGGGAAGGAAGCAGGGGUACAUUAUUUGGAGGUGCCCUGUGUGCAUCAGGGGCGUCCCUCCCUAAGAUGUUACCCCCAGCUUUGUGUCUCCCUGUCUGACCUCCAAAACCCACCCCCCCAACCCCACUCACCUGGUCCCUAGGGUGCCUUAUCCCUCCCUGCCCCAGAAGACCAGGACUUACCUGGGUCUAGUGUCCAUCUCUGAUCUUUGUGAGCCUCCUUGCUGUCCCGGCAGCCCCCAUUACUGAGUUCAGGUGCUGCUGGGACUGCUAGGACUGCCAGUCAAUCAGGUUGACCAGCAGCUCUCGAGGUAGAAGUCCAACUUGACUUGUUUAGUCCACCCAAAGCGUGUAACCACUGCGGGGCGGCCUUAUUUAAGUCAGCCGGUUUGGAACCAACUUUUCUUGCCAGCUUACCCCACCCCCUCUCCCCUCCCUGUGAAAUCCAGCCCCUCAUUUGUGGAACUUUGCAGUCUGCUAAUUAGCUCCUACAUUAAAACAGUGACAACACUUCAAAAGAGUAAAUACUUCAUUGGCUGCCAAGUACUUGGGAAGUCCUGAGGUCAUGAAAUCUGUCAUAUAAAUGUAAGUUUGGUCUUCCCUUCUGUAAUACCCUACCCUUCCCAUUAUAGCAGCCAAUGGCAUUGUGAAUACCCCAAUGCUUUGCCCUAUUCCUUGGCAGAUUAUUACAAGCAGUUUGUCACUUUAUUGCAUUUUUAAGUGCAGAAGUGCUUCCUAAAUUUAUUUCCUAUUCAUUUAAAUUAUGUCCUCUGGUCUUCCAUUUCUUGGUUUACUAUAAAUUUAUAUUCCACAUUUAUCUUAUCUAUACCAUUUAAUAAAUAUAUUGUGAUGUGGAUGCCCUUAA